AUGGAAUUCAAUGAAAACAAAACAAUGGGAGAUGAUUGGAACUGCGAUGAAAAGUUGAAUACUGCAGAAAUCGAAGAAACUUGUGCUAAGAGAUGUAAACUACCCCGUAGACAGGUUGUGAAAUCCCCGAGAAAAAUUUGUGCCAAAGAUGAAAGAAAUGCGUCCCUCAAAAAGGUGGCAGCUAUUCUCCAAAAACUGGAAUCUGAUAGAACUUUGGAAGAUAAUCAAACUUUAAUGGAGUCCCAGGAAAUGGUUAAUGAACUCCAAGAUAGAUGGAAAAGAAGAGAUGAGGCUAAACGUAGGCUAGAAGAAUUGGAAGAUCCAGAUGAUGUUUUGAUUGAAAAAUGUCAUAUUUUGGCCCAAGCAAUAGCUCAAUCACAGCAUCUAGUUGUUUAUACAGGAGCUGGAAUCAGUACUGCAGCCAAGAUACCAGAUUAUAGAGGUUCAAAUGGAAUAUGGACUAGACUUCAGCAAGGAAAAGAAAUAGGCAACCAUGAUUUGAGCCUUGCAGAACCAACCUAUACCCAUAUGGCUUUAGCAGAACUCUACCACAAGAAAAUCCUAAAAUAUGUGGUCUCUCAAAACUGUGAUGGUCUCCACUUACGUUCAGGUUUACCUCGUACAGCUCUAUCUGAGCUACAUGGCAACAUGUAUAUAGAAGUCUGCAAACAUUGUAAACCUCACAGGGAAUACUGGAGAUGUUUUGAUGUCACAGAAAAUACUGCUAGAUACUCCCAUAAGACUUAUAGAAAAUGUUACAUCUGCAAUGGCCCAUUAGUAGAUACAAUAGUGCAUUUUGGUGAACGUGGCAACUUACAGUGGCCCUUGAACUGGACAGGGGCCUGUAAGAAUGCAAAUCAAGCUACAACCAUUUUUUGUUUUGGGUCCAGUCUAAAAGUGCUGAAGAAAUACCCUUGGCUAUGGCAGAUGGACAAGCCAAUCAAAAAAAGACCUAAUCUUUAUAUAGUCAAUUUACAGUGGACCCCCAAAGAUGAUUUUGCUAAUGUCAAAGUAAAUGGCAAGUGUGACAAAGUUAUGAAAAUAGUAAUGGAAAUAUUGGGUAUUCCUGUGCCCAGCUAUAGGAGAAUGAGGGAUCCUUUGUAUGCCCAUGCCUCUGAUUUGCAUGAACUAGAGCUACAUACAACUACCCAGCCAUUUUUGAAGGGGGAAUAUGUCAAUUUAGUACAAAAUAAAGACUGUUCUGAUCUCCAUGAGACAAAAUCAACUUCUGUAAACUGUGAUACUAUUAGCAAUAGUUGUCUUCCUUCACAAAAUGAAGACAUUACUAGUGAUACACCCAACAGUGUUCAGGAUAAAUAUUUUUUCAAGUCUUAUUUCAAUUAUAGUGAACUAGACAUUUUUUUGUAUCCUUAUCAAACUAGUUUCUUGUAUUCUGGCUUACACAGUAUUAUCAAUCCCUCUCAGGAUUAUUUCAUUCCUUCCAAACAAGAAUAUGUGAAAAUUGAAGCAAUGUGUGAUUUUUGCAAAUCAGAAUUUAAUUCCUCAAAAUGUUUAUUUUAUACCAAGUCUGAACCAGUAUUUGUCAAGCAAGAAUUCAAGUAUAGUAAGAUUGAAAAAAGGGAAAAGGAAUUAGUAUGUUUAUGUUGUAAUUAUUCUACUGAUGAUGAUUUGGAAGAUGAUAAAGAACAAAUUAAAGGCAAAAUUCAAGCUGGGUGGUUUGGGAAGGGUUAUAGGAAAGGAAGAAGAAUCAAGAGAAAGAGUAUGUGA